UGCAGGUGUUCUAAAGACCCAUGGAGUGUGCCCAUUGUGUGCCAGGCAGUGCUAGGUCUUGGGGGACUUUGGAGGUUAGGGAUGGACGUGGAUUGAACACUGAUGUACGUAGUCCUGUCUUGAUCUCAAGAUGCACAUCCAUUUCAGAAGUGGUAACGGUGUAGCGCCUGGAGAGACAAGGGCUCCGGGAUUCAAAAGACCUUAUACCCCAGGAAAGAUUUUCUUCCUCCCCACUUUUAUAUCCGGUCUCCCGCCCAAUUUCAAAGUAUUGGCGGUAAAGAGUGCCUGAUGGGUACUGGAUAUUCUGCGAACAGAACGUUAAGCGAACAGAACGUUAGUUUAUUUUACAAAACAGAGCAAGUGUGUUUCAGUGGUCCAACUAAGAUUCAAACUCAGGCCUCUUAACGGCAGUGCCCGCGCGCUUUUACAGUGAUACCUGUUUAUCUGCUGCAGCCAGGUCACUCUCUGGAUCCUGGUCCUGCCCGGCUCAUUCUGGAGGCUUCCAGAUGGAGGAGAUGGCUUUGGACAGAGCAUCUCCACUGCUGGGACCACAUGAGGACGUGAGAGCUGGGGCUGCCGUGUCUCCCUUCCCCACCUUGCCCUUCACCCUGCCUGCUCCUGCUGCGCCAGACCAGCCUGCACGGGUGCCAGUGACACAGCCCCCUGCGCCUCUGGCAUUCUCUCCAGCCAACCCUCUGGUGCUCUCUGCUUUCUCCAGCCCACUGCUGGUGACAGGGGAUGGGAGCCCUGGCCCCAGUGGAAUGGGGGCUUGCAAGGUCAUUGUCAAAGUCAAGACAGAAGCUGGGCCGACUGAGUCCUUUCAAACUCAGAACUUUGUUGUUACUCAGCCAGCCUUCAGUUGGGUCACCUCGGGGGCUGCCUGUGGGGGCCUGGAGGGUCCUGCUCCUCAGUAUGUGACAGCCUCUAAUGUGAACACCAUUCUGCCCACUUCCACGGUUUCUGUGAGCCAGGAAGGCCCCUCAGGCAUUCUUGCUCAGGCUCUACCACAAGCUGUCCACCUGCCCUCCAUUGUGUCCCCAGAAAAGGCUUGGCCAGGGCCACAAGGGGCCGUCAGGGAAGUAGGACCAGUGGCCACCAGACAGGCCUCACUGGGCGAACUCGCCUAUGCUUCCAAGGGUGUUUAUGAGAACUUCCGUCGCUGGCAGUGCUACAAAGCCUUGGCCCGGAGACACCUACCCCAAAGUCCUGAUGCAGAAGCUCUUUCCUGCUUUCUUAUCCCAGUGCUUCGUUCCCUGGGUCGGCGGAAGCCCACGAUGACCCUGGAGGAGGGACUGCCGAGGGCCGUGCAGGAGUGGGACCGCACCAGCAACUAUGACCGGAUGGCGUUCUAUGAGAUGGCAGGACAGUUCAUGGAGUUUGAGGCGGAGGAGCUGCAGAUUCAGAAUGCACAGCUGAUGAAUAACUCCCAGGGCCUGUCUCCUGCAGCCCCUUUAAAACUUGAUCCUUCAGGGCCCCUGGCCCCAGAGGCCUGCCAACAGCCAGUGUACAUUCUGAAGAAGUCAGUCCCCAAGACACGGGCUCCCCACCAGCGGCAGCGCAAACCCCAGCGGCAGCGCAAACCCCAGCGGCCUCCAGUUCCACAGGCACCCAAGGAGAUCCCACCGGAAGCUGUGGAGGAGUAUAUUAACAUUAUGGAAGGGCUAGUGGGCAUUCACUUGGCAACUGGGGAGUCAGAUGAAGAGGAAGAGAAACAGCCAGAUGAAGAAAUGUAUCCAGAUCCGAGUCUCCUGAACUACAUGGAGGAGCUGUGUUCUCAGGAAGCCUUUGUCUCCAAGGUGGAGGCUGUCAUCCACCCUCAAUUUCUGGCAGAUCUGCUGUCUCCAGAACAAGAGAGGGAUCCUUUGGCCUUAAUUGAGGAGUUCGAACAAGAAGAAGGACUCACUUUUGCCCAGCUGAUCCAGAAGCGACUCUUGGCCUUCGAAGAGGAGGAUGCAGAGGUGCCUCCGGGUUGCGGCGGAGCUCAGUUGGACUCAAGCCCUUCUGUUUCUGAAGAGGAUGAUGAUGGGGGUGGGUGGCCUCGGCCCUCACCUGGGCCUCUGGGGGCUGGGGGAACUAUUGGCCUUGAAAAGCCUGCUUCUUCAGUAAAGCAGGCAAGAGAAACACUUGGCAGCCUAGGGCAAGCCCUAGAUGGUCCAAAGGAUGAGAAUGUUCUCUCAUCCUCCAGCAGCUGGGACCUGCAGUUAGAGCUUGUGGCUCCACAGGGAGCUCAGGCACCUCUGGGUAUGGACGGAAGAGGGUCUGUGGAGACUGUAAGCAAGCUGUCUCAGUAUCAGGAUGGCCUCCUGGAACAUGCUAGGUCCCCUGGGCACUGCCUGGUGGCUGACAGCACUCCAGAGGCUUUGCCCCUGUGCUGGCAGGAAAGUGCCCAGCCCAAGACACCUCCCACUUUGGAUGUUGGACUUGCAGAGCCAGAUCCUCUGCAAGGUCAGGAGUUAGAAAAGCCUGACCUGGGGUGGCAGAUAGGACAAGAGGCAGAGGAACUUGGAGUAUUCUCUCAAGGAGCAGAGCCUUCAGGACUGCCCCGGAAAGGCUCUGCAGGAGCCAUAUGGGGAGCUGAGAGAAGUCCUGCCAUGGUUCAGAGUUACGAGCAGAACCCUUCCCCUGGAACAGCUGGAAACAGGGACAGGGCCUCGCUCAGCCCAGGACUGUGGCUGAGCAGUGAGAUGGAUGCUGUAGGUUUGUCGCUGCCCUUAGAAAUUGAAGAGGUCAUAGAGAGCUUCCAAGAUGGAAAGUUUCUAACUGAGGACCAGGCACUGGGCUCCACCAACACCCUUUCUCUGGGUCCCGGAGAAACCACAGUGCCUGGGGACCUGGUUAGCAGUGUGGUUCCCUGUGGAAGCAUAGAUGUCCCAGCUGCCCUAGCAAAGAGAAACUACUGCAGCUUGGAAGGACCUCUGAGGGCCAACAGCCCAGCCUUGGGAUGCAACAAAAAUGGAGAACAGGGCCCUGAGGUCAUACAGGAUCCCAGUAAUCUGUGGGCUGAAGGUUGCUCCCUACUGCUGGAAAGCAGUAUUGGUGCCUCUAUAGCAACUUUGGAGUCUUUCAAAAAAACCCUGUUGCCCAUGUGCCAAGGCAGUCUCCUUAUUCUGGAGGCCCAGGAUGACUCCUUCCCCAAGGCCAGCCAAGAUGCAGGAAGCAGAGGCAAUCCUUUUUCUUUUCCAUUAGAAACCACAGAAGUCAACCUACUAGAUGUUAGAGAUGAAUAUGGCCUCCAACUUGGGGUCAGUAAGGAUACCUGUCCACCAGUGCUUAAUUCUUAUGACCCCCAAGAAGAGGGCAGGAAAGAUACUGAUUUGUUUAAGCCUAGCCACCUUGUUCCUUUACAAGGUAAUCAAGAGUCUUACACACUUGGGGCCCCCAAAUCAACAUCUCUUCACCAGGGCUUUGGAAGCACUUCCUCUAGCUGGGGAACCAAGGAUGCUUUAGUUUUAAGAGAAUCCUCUCGUAGGAGUAAAACACAUAACCCUGCAGGCAGGGCCAAAAGAAGGCAGAAAGCCAAAGAGGAAGGGGAGGAUGAGCAGCUCUCCAACUUUACUUACCUCUUGGCCUCAAAACUUAGCUUAUCUCCCAGAGGACUUCCUCUUGGUCCUUGCUGUGCCUCGGAAGGUGGGGCCACCCAGAGAGCACCUCACACCUCCAGUGAGGCAAGAAGCCUUGGCCAACCUCCACACCCUGUCACCAAGACUGGGAAGCAAGCUCUAGCUGGAGAUUCUGCCCCUGCUGAAAAGACACCCCAGGCAGGUCAUCUUGGGGGAAAACCUGUGGCUCAGGGAGUGAUGCCAUCUUCACAGUCUCAUAGAAGGCGACGUGACCCUUCUGUGGCAAGCAGGAGGAAGAAACACCGUCGUAGCCAGUAGGAAGUAGAGGGACCAUCCUAUCCCACCUGCCAGUCCCCAAAAGUGGGUGUCCUAGUGUAGAUUUGGCUGAGGCUACUCACUGGUGGAGAAUCAGCCUUAGGCCAAUGCUGUGAUUUUGUGUGUGCAGUGGGAGGUCAGACUGGCUAGGGUGCAGGGCCCCUUAGUGGGAAGUGAGGGCAAGACCUUUGCAAAGAGUUAUAUGCAAAAAAAAAAUGAAGUUUUUCUUGGUUGUUGAAAAACGUACUUGCCGUGUGUUUGUUUGCGCGUCUUUGCUGCUAGACAGGGCAAUGUUAUGAAUGUAGGUCGGGGUAGUUCCAGAUUCUACAGAUCCAAAAACCUUAACCUAUCUCCAGCAUUAUCUUGGCUCCAUGUAGCAUUUUCUUGGCAACAAACUGGCUUUCAGGCUGUGACUGGUCCCAAAACAGAAGUCUCCAAAGAUCAAUUUACUCAUUCCGCUCUUCAUAAGGUAUCAGGAGGGCUCAUCUGAACAUCUAUUAGUCUGCCUUCCUUUAAACUUACACAUGGAAAGAUGCUUUUUACCUGUCACAUCUGUACAACCGAGAUCUAACUUCCUAGAUCUAAUUAACUUCCGUAUUUAUGUCUAGACAUAGUACCUUUAGGGACUUUUUGUUUUCUACUUUGAAAAGAGGUUGAACAGUUGUCUUCAAUGUCCUCAGCUCAUCCCGUGGGAAGGAAACCUUCUUGUGUUGUUGGUCUGAUCUACUGGGGGAGGGGGGGAGCCACUUCCUUAUUGACACAGCUUCCAGCUCCCACUGUCAGCAAUGAAAUCAAGUCUCAGUAGAACUAUUAAAUAUGGAAUGGUAAUAAACUAUUUUUAAAUCUCUAACGAGGACAGAACAAGAGGGAAUGGGCUGAGAGGUUCAUUAGAAGUCCAUUAAAAUGUACACAUUGAGG